AUGACCAAACCAAAUCAGACCAAACCAAACCAGGACAAACCAGACCAAAUCAAACCACUCAGACCAAAACAAAACCAGACCAUACCAAACCAGACCAAACCAUUCCAGACCAAACCAAACCAAACCAGACCAAACCAAAGCAGACCAAACCAAACCAGACCAAAACAAAUCAAACCAGACCAGACCAAACCAAACCAGACCAAACCAAACUGGACCAAACCGAAACAGACCAAACCAAAUCAGACCAAGCCAAACCAGACUAAACCAAACCAGACCAAACCAAACCAGACCAAACCAGACCAAACCAAACUGGACCAAACCGAACUAGACCAAAACAAAUCAGACCAAGCCAAACCAGACUAA